UGCACACUCCAGUCCGGUUGCUGGUAGUAAUGUAACUGGUUUGCCAACACACAUUAAAGAAGAAGAACAGGGCACAUCCGGUUCACAUACGCGCGAAUGUUUUGUAACGGCAAUGGCGUCUGAAUCAGGUCGCAGAGGGACGAAACGCAGGGCGGAGGUCCAGCUGGAGGAGGAGCCGCCAACCGUGGAGGAGAAGGACGGAGGAGAGGGGGAGGACCCAGGCAGGAGGGUAGUCAUUGAACACUGCAAGAGCUGACGAGUGUAUGGGCGUAAUGCUGAGGAGGUGAAAUCUGCCCUCCUGGCUGCCCACCCUGAUCUGACUGUGGUCUCCAACCCUGAGAAACCUCGCAGGAACAGCUUCGAGAUCACUCUGCAGGAUGGAGGCAAAGCAACAUCUCUGUGGACUGGAAUAAAGAAGGGUCCACCUCGAAAGCUCAAGUUUCCAAAAACUGAUGUUGUGGUUGCUGCUCUUCAGGACGCUCUGAAGGCUGAGUAGAUGCCCAGUGAAGUGUUUGGUGAAAGCGUAUCCUGUCUUAUGUACAGCCGACAGUUAAGUGGAUGUGGCUCGUGGAGGCAGAAUGAUGAGGAGAGACGAAUGAGAUGUUCUCAGUCCCUCCUCUGAUGAUCAAGCUCCAUCAGCUCACAUCUUCUGGAUCAAUGCUGACACCUUGUGGCGCGUCUCUGAACAAAUACAUUUCUCAGUUUUUUUUAAACGUUUCUUCUUGUGUAUCAACGGUUUGUUGUGCUUUUAAUCUGUUUUUGGUAAAUAAAGUUUUUCUUGUUUCAUAA